GUCAUUUAAAUCGCCGUGUGUAGGCGUGGUAUGUGGGACCCGGCUGUUGUUUACAAACUUUGCGGUUGGUAAGCGGAUACUGUUAUAUGCACAAAAGCCGUGGUGUUCAGUGCUCAAAAGGUGGCGUUUAAGAACAACAAAUCUACAAACUCUCGGAACGAUUCCUUCUGGUGUUGCUCUAUGGUUGUGAAUGACAAUUCUCUUUACGCAAACUGACACAGUGAGUGUGGAUCUGGAUCGUUACAGUGCGAGCAAUUUAAAACGGCUACCCGCAUAACAUUGACAAAGGGGAUUCCCGUACCCGCAUCAGAUCACAGUUUCUACUUUGCGGGCAACCUCAUAGUUGGUGAAACUUUAAUUUGGAAGUUUAUGGAACUGCGCAAUACAGACCAAAACAGAAAAGUCAUGAGUACCAUGCUUCAUUCUGAAGGACCAGUCUCACCAUGCCAUUACCACUGCAUGCAAGGGAGUCCAAAACCGUCCAAUCGGCCUCUCGACUUGAUGCAGAACUUACCGCCUGAACUAUAUCUGAGCAUUCUGCUGAGGCUGGACGCAAGGAGCUUACAGAAUGCAUCGCAGACAUGCAAACUGUGGAAUUCAACAAUCGAGGACACGGACUGGCUGUGGAGAAAGUUUUGCCAUUUGAAGUGUGACGAUUGGGCCAUGAAGGAGAUUCAGAGGGAUAGAGGAUUGGGAUAUUCUUGGAAGGAGUCAUUUAUACGGACCUGUGGACCUCACUCCAUCAAGCGCAAAUGGUUCAAGGGUGCUUUCAGUAACCUCAACAUGUACGAUAAAAACUUGCCUCCUUUCAUGUGCUGCAUGGACGUCGAGACGUGGGGACAGAUCCUUGAACUGGAGCUGAGCCGAUAAUGAUGCAGUGGGAUCAGAGAGUAGAGGGCGCUGUUCAGUUUGUUCACAAGAGCCAAGUGAGGACAAAUCCUGGCCAAGUUCGGGCAAGGACCAUUAGUCGACUAGUGGUUGAUUUGUGACGUACCUUGC